UGGAUGUAUCUUAAAGUUCUAAAACAACCUCCAACCUCCCACAACAUGAAUACUGAGACACAUGUAUUAACUGUAAUUUUUGAUCCAGAUUUUAGAAGCAGAAGUCGGAGGUCUCCUGUCUUCUUCCUGCUUCUGUUAAUGUACGCGCCGACAGCAGAGCUGCUCAGCCAAUCACAGACGGGGAACUGCGCAGCCAUAUUUGCAUGCGGCCUGUAUAAAAUGAGUCAUUAUCUAGAUUCUCUUUUAUUCAUAACUGCAGUGACAGAUAAACAUGCCUGAACCAUCCAAGCCAGCGCCCAAGAAGGGCUCCAAGAAAGCGGCGUCGAAGAGCGCUGGAAAGCCCGGCAAGAGGAGGAGAAAGAGCAGGAGAGAGAGCUACGGCAUCUACGUGUACAAGGUGCUGAAGCAGGUCCACCCAGACACCGGCAUCUCCUCCAAGGCCAUGGGCAUCAUGAACUCGUUCGUCAACGACAUCUUCGAGCGGAUCGCCGGUGAGGCCUCCCGCCUGGUUCAUUACAACAAGCGCUCCACCAUCACCUCCAGAGAGAUCCAGACCGCAGUCAGACUGCUGCUUCCCGGUGAGCUGGCCAAGCACGCCGUGUCCGAGGGCACCAAGGCCGUCACCAAGUACACCAGCUCCAAGUAAAGCUUCACUGCUCAACAUAAACACAACGGCUCUUUUAAGAGCCACACACGUCAUCUGCAGAGCUGCUGGUCCACAUUUAAUCUAAAUUGUGAGCAGUUU